AUGUCUGCUGUUCAGCCUGUCGCAGUCUAUGCGCUCCGGGUUCCUCCCGGUGCCACGGUCCAAGCAGUUCCCAAUGCUGCUGCUUCUUUCCGCGUUAGCAUGGCCGCUAUCGAUCCUGAUGAGACCCCAGAGUACGAGGGUGACGAGGACUCCAGCAAGCCCUCCCGCUCCACCCUGAAGAUCAUUCGCGCUCCUCCCGGUCUUGAGCUCGAUGAGGAUGAUGAGGAUGAUGAGGACUACAGUGAUGAGGAGGAAGACUCUGAGGAUGAGGAGGAGUCCAACGGCGGUCCUAGCGACAAGGAGAAGGCUCGCAAGCUCAAGGAAGCUGCUGCCCUCAAGGACCUCGAGGACGCUAUGGAUGAAGAUGAUGAUGAGGAAGAUGAUGAGGAUUUCGACCUGAAGGCCGCCAUCUCUAAGCUCAUCAAGGGCAAGGGCCCCGCUCUCGACGAUGAGGACUCCGAGUCCGAGGAGGGCCUUGAGCUCGAUGAGAACGUUAUCUGCACUCUCAGCCCCAGCCAGAACUACCAGCAGCCUCUGGAUAUCACCGUCUGUGAGGGCGAGCCCGUUUUCUUCAAGGUCACUGGUAACCACACUAUCUACCUGACCGGUAACUACGUCAUUGGUCUUGACGAGGGUCACGACCACGACCACGAUCAUGACCACGACGAUGAGGACGAAGAUGAUUACGACCUGUCUCCUGAUGAGGAUGAGCUCGAUAUGGAAGACCUUCUGGCCAUGCAGGAUGAUGAUGAGAGCGAUGACCUUGAUGAUAUGGAGGACCCCAGAAUCACCGAGGUCGAGAGCGAGGAGGAGGCUCCCAAACUUGUUGAGACCAAGAAGGGCAAGAACAAGCGCGCUGCUGAGGAUGAAGUCAGCCUCGACGAUCUGAUGGCCAAGGCCAGCAAGGCCAAGUCUACCAAGGCUGAGGAGCCUGUCUUGACCAAGGCCCAGCAGAAGAAGCUCAAGAAGAACAACGGUGAUGCCGCCGCUGUUGAGCCCAAGGAGGUCAAGAAGGAGGUCAAGAAGGAUGCUAAGAAGGAGGAGAAGAAGGAGGCUAAGACCGACAAGAAGGUCCAGUUCGCCAAGAACCUCGAGCAGGGCCCCACUCCCUCCGGUGACAAGCCCACCGGAACCCUCGGCGUUAAGGAGAUCCGUGGAGUCAAGAUCGAUGACAAGAAGCUCGGAAAGGGUGUUGCUGCCAAGAGCGGUAACGUCGUCUCCAUGCGCUACAUCGGCAAGCUCGAGAACGGCAAGGUCUUCGACUCCAACAAGAAGGGCAAGCCUUUCACCUUCAAGCUCGGAAAGGGUGAGGUCAUCAAGGGCUGGGACAUCGGUGUCGCCGGCAUGGCUGUCGGUGCGGAGCGUCGCAUCUCCAUCCCUCCUUCUCUCGCAUACGGCAAGAAGGCCCUUCCCGGCAUUCCCGCCAACUCCAAGCUUAUCUUCGACGUUAAGCUCCUUGAGAUCAAGUAA